UGGUCUCUGGGUGGUGGUCUUCCUUCCAGUGAGUCAAGACGCGGCAGCAGUGACUUGAUCCCUCCAGGCGGGCUUUGAGGAUCGGUGGGUCCAGUGCGGUGCACGGCGCGCUAAAUGACGCCCGUUCGAUCCCCGUGACCACUCCGCCAUGAGCUGCUUGGAUGUUAUGUACCAGGUGUUUGGAGCGCAGCCUUACUUCUCCUCCUACAGCUCCUAUCACCACCAGGUGGCCUUGUAUUCCAAAAUGCAAGACCCGCAGGGCGGUCCCCCUGGACUCCAUACAAUCAAAGAGGAAGACAAGGAGGUGCCCCCGGGGACCGAGUACCUAAGUGCACGCUGUGUCAUCUUCACGUACUUCCAAGGGGACAUCAGCGCCGUGGUGGAUGAACACUUCAGUCGCGCCCUCAGCCAGACCGCCUCCUCGUACCCUAAUAGCAAUGGACAUAAGGCCCCUAAAGAUGGAUCUUUUCCAAUGAGCCAAAGAAGUUUCCCUCCCUCUUUCUGGCACAGUUCCUACCAGUCGUCCGUCUCGUCCUCGCUGGCCAACGCUCUCUCAGCGCCCCACUCAGAGCUCGCUUUCCCCGGGGACCCGUACUCCCCGUCUCCCCUCCACAGCCACCUGCAUCAGCCCAGCCCGGACACCUGGCACGCUUCCCACCAUCACCACCACCCUUACUCGUUAGGGGGUGCAAUAGGCACGCAGGGCUCGCACUACACGCGCCCGGCGAUGCACGAGAUGUACGGCUCAACGUUUGACCCUCGCUACGGCUCGCUGCUGGUGCCCUCGGUAAGGCCUCAUCACCGCCUGAUAUCCAGCAGCAGCUCGGUACCCGGGUCCAGUAGCUCGCCCUGUGACCUGGGCUGCAAGGGGGAGCCCGGGACGGGGUCAGCAUGGAGCGGAAGUUUCUCAGGAUCUGGACAGGAGAUUGGACUCAACAUGGACGCAGCCAUCAAGUGCACCUUGGAGGUAACCGCUUCUUCUUCUCGGCAUCAUUCCUUUCCUCUAUGAUCUCCACCAUGAAAGCAGAUCAGCGGUGAUCCACAUGCUCAAGUUUCUUGUCUCUGAGGUUUACAUGGCAGGCAGAGCGUGACAGACCUUCAAUAAUGAAAAAUAACCUUUUUCUGCUCCACAAUGACACAUUCCCCACAUUACUGGCCUUGGAGAGAGAGGACUCUGGGUACGUUUACACGCUCAGAAAAAAUAACAGUUGCCUUAAAUUAAAAAAAUAUUGCCUUGUAUCUUUAUCAUGUAAAAAGUAAGAUUAACCGGCAAAGUCUCAGGAUUGCAAUGCUUUGCAGGAUAAAACUUGUAUCAGUUGUUCAGUAAAACAAAAUCUAAGUUAAAAGCACAUACAAACACGACAGUAGGGAAUUACAACUAUAUGCAGUCAUUUUUUUCCUUCAGAAGUCUUAGUAUUCAUUUAAAAAAUAUACAAUAUCCACACCCCAAAAUAACCCUGCCCUCCCCACAUCGUUACUCAUUUGAAUGCAUCACCAUUUACAAAUAUUAUGAUAUAGGGUGUACAGAGCAUCUGAAAAAUAUUCACAGCGCUUGACUUUUUCCACAUUUUGUUAUGAUAGUCUUAUUCCAAAAUGGAAAAAAUUCAUUUGUGUCCUCAAAAUUCUAAAAACAAUACCCCAUAACGACAAGGAAAAAUUAUUAAACAUAUUUUUGCAAGUUUGUUAAAAACGAAAAAAAAUGUACAUAGGUAUUUACAGCCUUUGCUCAAUACUUUGUUGAUGCACCUUUGGCAGCAAUUACAGCCUCAAGUCUUUUUGAAUACAAUGCCAAAAGCAUGCCACACCUAUCUUUGGGCAGUUUCGCUCAUUCCUCUUUGCCUAUUCUUUGUUGUAGCACCUCUGAAGCUCCAUCAGGUUGGAUGGGAAGUGUUGGUUUUCAUCCAGGGUGUCUCAGUAUAUUGCUGCAUUCAUCUUAGUAUAGUCAGGGAGGUGACCAAUAGCAUGAUGGUCACUCUGUCAGGGCUACAGCAAACUUCUGUGGAGAGAGAAGAACCUGGCAGAGGGACAACCAUCUCUGCAGAAAUCUACCACUCAGGCCUCUAUGGUGGAGUGGCCAGACUGAACCCAUUUCUGAGUAAAAGUUUGCCUGAAUGCACCUGAAAGACUCUUAGACCUUGAGAAACAAAAUUCUCUGUUCUGAUGAGACAAAGACUAAACUAUUUGGUGUGAAUUCCAGGCAUCAUGUUUAAAGGAAACCAGGCAGCGCUCAUCACCAGGCCAAUACCAUCCCUACAGUGAAGCAUGGUGGUGGCAGCAUCAUGCUGUGGGGAUGCUUUUCAGCGACAGGACCCGGGAGAGUAGUCCAUAUGGAGGGAAAGAUGAAUGCACCAAUGUACAAUAUGCUGAAUGAAAACCAAUGAUUCCCAUCCAACCUGAUGGAGCUUGAGAGGUGCUGCAAAGAAGAAUGAGCAGAGAGGAAUGGGCGAAAAU